UCCACAGUACAUUCGCUCACAUACACUCUGUUAUACAAGAGGAACGGUACACUGAGUGUGUAUAGGGUGUGUAGAGUGUGUGUGUGUGUUUGUAGUGUGUGCAUAUGUGUGCGUGUUUAUUCUACUCAGUAGUCUAGAAGAGGGACAAAUCAAAAUGAGGACAGCAAGUGUACAAUAGCAGGUGUGCCCUGUACUGAGGGCUGAGAACUAGGCAUGUUGGGUAAAGACCCCCCCACCACCAGCAGCCUUAACCUGAUGACCUCUGACCCCUCUGACAUCGCUGUGGAACCCAGCGACAUCACAGACGGCCUCGGCAUCAGCAGGAAGAUGUCGGACGUAGUUGAGAGUUUGGACACCAGAGAGUUGGACAUGGGAGAUGGAGAGGAGACUGACAAUGACCCUACCACCAUAGGGGACAGUCGUAUAGGGUUCAGUGCUGUGUAUCACACCGUGGGUUUUAAGGAGUCGGAGGCCAGGGUCUAUCUCCCUACUGUUCCCAUCACUGCUAAGAUACUGGAGGUGGAGAGGUUCAACACAGCCCAGGACAGGUUCAACAUCACGACACAGAGGAGUGUCAACAAGAGUCAGCCUGCAGUGUUUAAGAUAGAGCUGAGACAUGGAGAGUUCAGCUGGGUGGUCAAGAGAAAGGAGAAACACUUCAUGGACCUCCACAGAGAACUGGUCCGAUACAAGAUGUUCAUGAGGGUACCGCUACCCUCCCGCAGGUACAUUCACACACAGACACACACACACAUAUACGUAUACGCGCACACACAAAUCAAAUACUAAAUGAUAUACUACGAAUUCUGAUCAUAGAAAUGUUAGGAUUUUUCAUGGUACAGUAGAUAUGUACAUUUUAUUUCUUCCCAAUAUCAGUGUGACCCUACCUG